AUGGAAACAAUUAAAAAUGCUGCCAAUGCGGUCGGAGAUAAGAUCAAUGAAGUAAUCAGUGGUUCAUCAGCAGAAUGUAACAAGGAAAAAGCUAAGGACUCAAGCAACACUGCUGGUGAACGUAUUGGUGCUGGCAUUGAUUAUGUUAAAGAUAAAGCCGAAGAAGCUGGUCACGCUGCUUCGAAAGAAGUUAACAAACAAAAAGCUAUGCACUAG